AUGACCGAUCCAGUGUUACGAUGUAACAAUCUGCAGUGCAGACAAGUUUUAUCUACAAAGGCUGUCAUUACUACGUGCAGUCAUGUAUUCUGUAUGGACUGUGGAUCAUUAGCCUUUUCUCAAGCAAUGGUAUGUCCGGCGUGUGAGACAUCCCUCACUCAGAGAGAUGAUAUUGUUGUAAGUGAACUGAAUCCCACAGAAGACUACAAAUCUAGUGUAAUAUCCGGUUUAAGGCCCGAUUUGAUCAUCGAGAUCGUUGGUCGUGCAAUAAGCUUUUGGAUGUACCAGGUUAGCCAAGAAGCUGCUUACCAAGCCAUGGUGCGCAAAGAUCUUGACGAUCAAUGCUCAAAGCUCGAACGGCAACUCCAGUCCCUCGUGCGCGAAGCAAAUCAGGAAAUUGCUGCUCUUCAAGAAAGCUUAUCUUCUACUGUUAAAACAAAUGAGUUGGAAAAACGCAGACACCAUGAGCUUGCUGAACAGUUUGCUGAAAAAACCAGACAGUUUCAAAAGCUUCAGGCAUUGUAUGACAAACUAAAAAGAAAAUCAUUGGUGGCUCAGCAAAAAGAUGGUCAUUCCACAGCUAUUCCUGCAGAUCUAACCCCAUCUUCCAAUUUCAACUAUUCUCAGCACCCCCCUCACUUUGGCAAUGCAAAACUGUCAACUCUUGCAUCCAAAAAUGUCCGUGCACCAUUUGGCGAUCAUCAAAAAUUCAUCGGGGCACCUUUCCAACAAGAAGAUCUUCGAAUCUCAACUCCGCUACCUUUUCCUGAAACGGACAAAGAUUCGAGUUUUCGAUUUCAGCAACAACAGUCUAUGCUCGGUUCAAAAUUCUUUACAAGACAGUCUGGAGUCAUCUCGAAUUUAUCUAACCAAAGAAAAUCAAGUGGGCGUGAAAGUACAUCUCACUUUAUACUGAGCCUGCAGCCCCAAAAAGGACAGCAGGCAUCACUAUAUCAUUCCAGACGAUUCAAACCAUCGACAACUGCACAGUCAUUUUCUGAAGAUCCAGCAAGGUCCGUUGUAAAUGAAUCACCUAGCGGAUCUCAUACUCGAAGCCACUAG